AUGGACAAGGAGACAUGGCUCUUGUGGAUGCUAGCAGACUCGCAGCUGCCGACAGGCGGAUUCGUCGCCUCGGCUGGGCUCGAGGCAGCGAUGCAGGGCGGACUGGUGCGCGAGCAAGCACGCGAGGAGGACCGUGACUCAUUUGUGACGUUUAUCCGCGAUAGCACCCACAACCAAGCCCGAUUCGCCGUGCCGUUCUGCGCGCGCGUGCACGAACUGGUGUCGAGCCGCCUGGCAGACUCUGAGCUGGAAUCCAAGGGCGAGGACCAGGUGAUUCAAGAGCUAGUUGAUGAGCUAGCAUCGCUGGACAGCUACCACCAUGCCAUGGUGUCGUCUAACCGGGUGGCAAUGCGGGCGUUGAUUGCGCAGGGCGGCGGCCUCCUGAGCCUGUUUAACCGCGGGUACGCUCACGCAAAGUUCAUGAAUACAAAUCGGCGCGGGCAGGCGUGCAUCCGGGUAGCCAAGGAGCUGCAGAGGCAGUCGCGGCUGGAGAUGACGCGGAUGCACUGGCCCUACAGUCGGAUGCAGCAGCUGUAUCUGUUCCAGUUCCUGCGGCAGAUCUUCUCGGCCGCGAUCAGACUCAAUCUGAUCGGCCCGCUGCGCGCGCAGACACUCGAGUGCGACAUGCUUCCGCUGGACAUCUUUGGCGAAUCGGUUGUGUACACUGAUCCCAUGCUGGAGCUGUAUCAGGGCAUGCACGACCGACUGUACUCUCGCAUCUUCAACAGCUAA